AUGAUGGCACCCGAUCCUAGACUUUCAAAGGCUGCCAAAGCGAUGAAGGGCUUAGGCAUUCCUUGGGAGAGUGUGAAACCAGUCCUCAAGCACCUUCUGAAACUGUAUGACGGAAAAUGGGAACUCAUUGAGGAGGAUAACUAUCGUACUUUAGCUGACAUUAUUUUCGAGUGGGCAGAUGAUAAGACAGAGGAAGAUAAGAAGAAAGAUGCUAGGAUUGUUAACAGGUUGGAACCUCGAUUAAAGAAACCAAACUUGGGGCAGCAUGAAGUUCAGGUUUCAUCUCCCACAGAUGAUGCAAAUAUAAAUAUAGUUCUAGAAGUGGGUGACAUGCGACAACCAUCUAGUGGAUUGAAAUCAGUGGAGUCAUCUCCAUUGUUUUCAAGAGAUGGGAGAACUGAAUCUACUCCUUGUUUGCUUCAAGCACCAUUUAGGGACAAAGGGAAGGACCCCAUUUCAUCUCAGCUGACCCCAAAGGAUAGAAAAUCAUCUUUUGAGAGAGCAUCAGGUGCACUUUACUCUAAUCAGGCAAGAGAUGGGCCCGGCUUUGUUCAUAUGCAGAGAGGAAAGAUGCCUGAAGAUUAUGAAGAAGUAGAUUUGACCGAGUCAAAAACGGAGCAAUCUGUUAAUGGCUUUCCACAUUUUGUUGCAGCUGCUUCAAAGGUCCAUUCAGCUAUUCCUCGUUCAGUGGAGGAUCCUUUGACCCAAAACAGUUCUGCCAAAUAUUUUAUUCCCGAAUGUUCAAACAAGGACAACAAAGAUAAUGGUUUAGAAUGCACUUAUGGGACUAGCUGGGGAAAUAGUUUUGAUAUAGCUUCAACAGCCUGUGGAAAAGUCAAAAUUUUGUUCUACUGUGAUCAUGCCAAUGGACAACCUGACUUCCAUAUUCCGAGUUUGGAUGAAGUUCUGAAGUAUGUGGAGAAUAAAUAUCUUAGAUCAUAUAGAAUCAUUGGGCCACAAUUUUCGGGGAUGGAGUUUUUGAAAGAAUUGUGUGACAGAUAUUUGGAAUUAAGUACUGAGACUACUGAGAUACCUCUCACAAUAAAAUCCUCUGGUGCAAGCACUGGUAAUUCAGAAAAGGAUUUGGAUAAAAUGGUUCCAAGUUCUGGAUCUUCAAGUUCACUUGAUUUGGUGGUAGUUCAUCAGCAACCUACAACUCAUGUUAAAAAUAGGCCCUUUCACAGAAUCAAUGACAUAACAAAAGAUACCGAGAAAGUGAGCAUUUCAUUGCUAGAUGAAACUGGAAGUGAGCACCUGCCAUAUUUUGUUUAUAUACCACAAAAUAUAAUUUACCAGAAUGCAUAUGUACAUGUCUCAUUAGCUCGGAUUGCAGACGAGGAUUGCUGUUCCAGUUGUAUAGGAAAUUGUCUUUUGUCGUCAGUGCCUUGUGCGUGUGCUCGUGAUACCGGGGGAGAAUUUGCCUACACACCUCAAGGGCUGCUGAAAGAAGAAUUUUUAAGAGCUUGUAUAUCUAUGAAUCAAGAACCACAAAAUCACUACCAUUUUUACUGCCAAGAUUGCCCAAUAGAAAGGGCUAAGAAUAGAUACAGGCCUGAAAAAUGCAAGGGCCAUUUAGUGAGGAAGUUUAUCAAAGAGUGCUGGAGAAAAUGUGGCUGCAACAUGCAGUGUGGAAACCGGGUUGUACAGCGAGGCAUUACCUGCAAAUUACAGGUGUUCUUCACAAAUGAUGAUAAAGGUUGGGGUCUACGUACACUGAAAGAUUUGCCUAAAGGUGCUUUUGUGUGUGAAUAUGUUGGAGAAAUUUUGACCAACAUGGAAUUAUAUGAAAGGAAUAAGAGACGCCCUGACAAUGACAGACAUACAUAUCCAGUGCUACUUGAUGCAGACUGGGGUUCAGAAGGAGUUCUGAAGGAUGAAGAUGCACUUUGUCUGGAUGCAACAAAUUAUGGAAAUGUUGCGAGGUGCUUUGAUUCAAACUUGCUUGAGAUUCCAGUUGAGGUGGAGACCCCCGAUCACCACUAUUAUCAUCUUGCCUUUUUCACUAAAAGAAAAGUGGAAGCCAUGGAAGAACUUACAUGGGUAAGUUGA